AUGUCAUUCGAAGACGAAUCUGAUUGGUCUGACUCUGAUGACGGGUCGCAGCAGCAGACCAGUGUGCUGCUGGGUAUUCCUGAUGGAGAGAUCAAAGAUCCAAAAGAUACGAGGGAUCCAAAUGUAUCGCGUCUCGGCGGGAAGCCCGUGCGUCCGUCUACUGUCCGAUCAGCUAGUACGUACUCACUCCUUUCUUAUAUACGUAUUAUUUCUCGCAUGUACCCUACGAUUGCCGAAUACCAUCUUGCAUUUUUCAUUCUCGUCUAUUCUGGGACCGACACAACAACAAAACAAAAAGUGCUUCAUCCCAGGCACAUCUCGCCCACCGGUUUCGUCCUCGCUUUGCAAAAACAGCCCUAUGGAUCGAGUGUUGUACGUCUUUGGAUGCGCGAGUCCAGGGUGCCAGAGACGACCAGGCAGGCAAGUUCCAUUCACCUUCCCUGCCCUUGCGCCCCUCGCCUCCGCCCCCUGUUUUUACAAAUUCAUAUAACCACCCCGAACAGUAUACGCGCAUUCCGUCAACUAAGAUUCAACGACAAGUACGCCGCCAAGCUCCAAAAACGAAAAGAAAGGGCGCAGCGAGAAAAGGAAAGAGAAGAAGCCAAAAUUGCAGCAUCUGCAUCAGGACUGAAUACUAACACUUUAUCUAACCCUUUCUCGAGGAAGGAGAGGAAGAUGAAGGAAGGGAAAGGAGCAAGAGAAGGAGAAGAGGAUGAUCUGGCCAGCGGCGGGAGUGAAGAUGAUUACGAGUAUGAAGACGAACCGGAAGUCGAUGCGUUGGCAGACAAAUUCACGCAUGCGACUAUUACCGAACCAUCCCCUGCGCCUACCGAAAAUGAAUGGGUCGCUCAUCCGUUUUACCCGCCUAUCUACUUGAACACCGUAUUCGAAUACAUCACUCCUCCCAAACCUACCGCCACCAGCCAGAAACAAGCUGGUGAAGGGGGGAAAGGAGCGGAAAUGUGGGAUUUGGAGCAAUACGAGCGGUCUUCGGAUGAAGAUCCAGUUUUCCAAAGGUUCGCGCAGAGGAUAAGCGAGCAAGGUACUCAAUGUAUUCGUUAUGAACUCGGGGGAACGCCCUUGCCGUUUCAUACGGAUGAUGUAUACAAGAAAUUGUUCCCGCCGGCUCCAAUCGCCCCAGGUACUCAGGUCCCGGUAGCCGGCCCUCAACCGGUGUCAAAACCGACAUACGACCCCAAGGCCAUUCCCAUAUGCGAACAUUGCAAAAGUCGACGAAUAUUUGAAUGCCAACUAAUGCCAAACGUGCUAAACCUACUGAAGAAACCUUCUCCAAAGGCGAAACAAAGUGCAACAGAGGCGGAAGAGGCACGGAAAAAAUUAGUGGCUGCUGCGUUGGGGGGCAAGGAGGGGUUGGAAUGGAGUGGGGAACAUGUAUGGUGUUUGCGUGCGAGAAGGAUUGUUGUGAUGGGCGGGAAACUUGGCGAGAGGAAGAGGUAUGGGUUCAAUGGGAGCGGGGCAGAUAGGACGCCGCCCCCUUGCAAUCGGAGCUUCGACCAGCUUUCCUCGCGACCAGGAAGUCGGGGUCCAGCACAACCCUUGCCGCCUAUAGCUGACUGGGUAGUGCAGAGCAGAAUGGCCACGACCAAAGCCGAGCGCCGGAGGACGGUGAUGAAUACGACGACGUUUGACCCUUCUCUCCUCGAGCAGCCGCCGGCACCACCCCCAGCUAGUGCGAAUCCAAGUGGGAAUGCCAAUGGCAAUGCGAAUGCCCCCACACAUCCCUCGGCCAGUGCAAACACAUCCAAACCAUCCUCUCGCUCCUCCACCCAGCGCCAGGUAUCCGGAGGUCCUGCCCAUUCCCAGAAAACACUCGAGCAGAUACUCGCCAAUGCAAGCCCCCCGGGAGAUAUGCAAAAUGCGCUGACUCAGCUCCUCGACGAGCGCAACGCCGUCGUACAGCAAAACACACAGCUCUGGCGUAUUAUCGAGAAGCAAAAGGCGAGUCUUGCUGCUGCCACCAAGGACCUCGACCGCAUACGCGCCGAAAGGGAAAAGUACAGGCGCUUGUUUGAAGAGACGAGUGGGAGCGGGAGUGAAGGUCGUUCAAAGACCAUGUCCAAGAGCAGAGGUCCUAUGGCUCGCCAUCAGAGCGACGACGUUGUUCAUCAAGUCCCUUCCCGUUCUCAUGGUUCUCGCUCAGACCUCAACAGCUACGACGAACCCGUGUUUGUGUCCGACGACCGCGAUACGACUUUGACUCCUUCCACCCGUCCACCCGUACGCUCAGAGUCCCUUCCUACGUCGACUGCACCAUCCAAACUAUCGAUGACCUCGGCAGCUGAACCUACCCCGCCACCCGCUGCUUCCUCUUCGCUCGAACCCCCUAUAGAACCCACGUCUCGUGCAGCCAAACGUGAAUCCAGAAUCGACUUUCCUGACCAGACAAGGCAAUACAUCGCCAAUAUGCAAUCUCAGAACCAGAACCAGAAUCAAGACCCUCCUUCUGACCCUGCCUCUUCUACCUACUUUGCUCCUCCUCCCCUGCCAAAUGUAGCAUCCGUAUCACCCAUGAACUUUGAUGGCGCGUUUGCCCAACAUAUGGUUCAUUCUCAGUCUCGGCCUCAGGACGCUACCAAGACACCCACCCAAAGCAGUGUCACAGGGUUCGUACCACCCCCGCCACCACCCCCCUUGCCAAGUCGUGUCCCAGCCGAGUCGGACGAGGAGUUUAGUGCAGACGGACAUAGCUCGACGGUUUACUCUCCGGCAGAGUCCAAUUCGAAGCAAGCCUUGCCCACGAUCAUUCGAAACGCCCCGUCUAUCCCACAAUUGAACAAGCGCGUGAACACGACGUCCAUUCAGACUGCGUCUUUGCAAUCGUCUAUACAGGAAGACACCGCGUCGUUUGAUAGCAGUCCGAUAGCUACAUCACCCACAACUUCGACCAUGUCUACUCCCCCUCCCCCAAAGAUGCAGCGCACAGAUUCUCAGCAAACGACUACGACUACCAGCCCGCCGCGAUUAACUCCGUUCGACAUGGGCACGGCUAUCAUCACCGUCCCGUUAUCUCACAUACGCGCCAACGAUCGUGGCAAAGAGGUGCUCAGCUUCGUGAUUGAAAUCGCACUGGAUCCGAUGAGCGAACGCGAAGGUUGGAAAAUUGAGAAACUUUAUUCGGACGUGCUCGCACUGGACGUCAAGGUUCGCCAAACCUUGAGCAGGAGCGCUUUAAAAAAGAUCGCUCCCUUGCCCGAUGCUAAGCUGUUCAAGGACAACGCGCCCGCCAAGGUUGAUCAGCGCAAGAUGAUGCUCCAAGCAUACUUGUCGAGUGUCCUCUCUGCCCCAUGGAAAAAUCCGGCAGAUGUCACGCCGUUCUUCACUUCGGAUGUUAUCCUGCAUGCCCGUGCCCCCGUUUCCCACCCAGGGUACAAGGAGGGGUACCUUACCAAACGAGGCAAGAACUUUGGAGGGUGGAAGACGAGGUACUUUGUGCUCCAGAGCCCGGUGCUGGAAUACUACGAAAGUCGUGGGGGAGCACAUUUGGGUUCUAUUCCCCUUGUGGGUUCUCAGAUAGGUCGUCAGCAACGGCACAAUACGCGCGACAACGACGACGAAAACGCCUAUCGUCAUGCUUUCCUCAUUAUUGAAGGCAAGCGCGGACCUUCGGGUGCGCUCAAUCGACAUGUCUUGUGUGCCGAGAGCGACGAAGAGCGGGAUGCGUGGGUGGAAGUGUUGGUUCGCUAUGUCGUGGGAGAGUAUGAUGCUGGCUCCACACAAGCGCAAGCACAAGGACAGCUGGGGAACCGAUCGUCCCAGUCCCAAUCCCGAGCGUCGACGAGUUCGUUCCAGGAACAACAGCAGCCACGAAGAACGCGUGCCAUGUCCAAAGACGAGAUCCUCAAGGGCAACGCCUUGCCCAUAUCUCAACUCGCCCAGGAUGCGUCGAAUGCCAAGUUGUUCCAGGCCCCGCCUCCGCCGCCCGAGCUCGGUCCGAAAGUAGGAGCCGCGCCGAUCCCGAUUGAGAAUAGGAACACGACGAGCACGGCCGAGCAAGAUGUCCCGCUGUCGAGUUCUCUGCCUUCGCAGCUGGACGUCGCGAUGGGCCAAUCUCAACAGCCUGGCCAACGGAGCAAUUCCGAGUUGGGGCAUUAUCCGGAUAUGGCGCCUCCCCCCGUACGAAAGAUGAAUAGAGCAUCGUACCAUCCGUCUGCGCAGCAGCAACAGCAACAGUACCAAGAGAGGGCACCUUCGCCCGACAAGGUUAGGAUUUCCGGACCGAUGAACGGUGCGCCGAUCCCGGCUGGACACCGCUUUGGGGACUCGUCGACUGGUGCUGGCGCAAGCAACGAGCGAGAACGUAAGGCCAAGAGCGGCAGGUUCUGGGGGUUCGGCAAGGCUGCGAGCGACAAGCCCCUGCCCGCACCCCAAAUCGCGGCCGCCAGCCGUGCAGUAUUUGGUAUCCCGCUCCAGGAAUCACUCGCGAUUUCCCAGAUCGCGAACUUACCUGCGAUUGUGUUUAGGUGUAUCGAGUACUUGGAGGCUAAGCGUGCCGAUCAGGAGGAAGGCAUAUAUAGGUUGAGCGGGAGCUCAGCAGUGAUUAAGAGUUUGAAGGACAAGUUUAAUGCUGAGGGUGAUGUGAACCUGUUGGAGAGCGAAGAGUACUGGGAUCCGCAUGCCGUUGCUGGUUUAUUAAAGUCUUAUCUCCGAGAACUCCCAUCGAGUAUCUUGACGCGGGAUCUGCACUUGAAUUUCUUGGCUGUGAUUGAUCUCGCAGACCCGCAAGAGCGCGUCUCGGAGCUCGCUUCACUCAUUUCUCAGCUCCCACUCGCCAACUACAGCCUCCUGCGAGCGCUGACCGCACACCUAAUCCUCAUCGUCCAAAACUCAAACGUGAACAAGAUGACGAUGCGAAACGUGGGCAUCGUGUUUAGUCCGACGUUGGGUAUCCCGGCAGGAGUGUUCAGCUUGAUGCUGAACGAGUUUAAUCGGGUGUUUAGCGUGGAAGCUGAAGGAGCGCCUGCACCUGUUGAAGAGGCAGGGUUGACUGUUCCCCCCGCUGCCGAAGCUACUUCGAGUACGCGUGGGAAGCGUGGUGCAACCGAUCCCAGUCGGCGGAACAGUCGAAGCUACAACGAGGCACAUGCGGAUAAGUUGUUGGGUCUUGCCGGUCGUUCCCUCAAAGUGGAUGAAGAAUCGGACGAUGAUGAAGGCGCUUUGGAAGAUAAUGACCAUGAAUCAGAGGAUGAAACAGACCAUUCGGGAAUGUUCACCACUUCACCGCCUCAAACACCCGCUGCUCCUGUUACUGGAGCUGCGCGCCUGGAGCCACCGGCCACAGACCCACAUAAGGGCCAUUCGGCCACGGUCGCUGCUUCACGUGGGUUACACAUUGCACCUCCGUCGAUUCAUCCACGGUCGGUGUCUGGACCGGGAUUGCCCCAGUCCCCAAGGCCCAUUAGGUCUCCGGCUGGUUCGGCUGGGUCACCUGCUACACCUCGUAUCCUGUUCAUUUGUUUUAAUGUAGACCACAAGGUGCUCUAUGCUGCGCCACUCACGGACAAGAUUGUCGACGAUGGAUUUGAGUUCUAUACUACAUUUUAUAAUGCACCAAGAGCUGUGAAGGGCUUAUUGCAUGCCAUGAUGGGGCUGGGUAUCUUGAGUCUUGUUGCGAAGCUCCAUAAAUGGGACGAGAGCGCAUUGUUCUUUGACGGAUCAAGUCUAGCUGCAUUUAUGUUUGGCAUUAUCCUCUAUGCGUCUGUCGUAAUCCCUGCUCUUCGUAUAAUUGUCAGCCCUCUCGAGACCGAUGGCCGUAAAGAACGCACCGAGUCCCUCCGAAUCCUUGCUGCUGCGAACACCCUUAUCGUUAUUUGCCUUGUUGGUGUUUUGGCCAUGCAGGGAGGACAAGAAUAUGCUCGACGAUAUGAGGAACGCGAGCUGCGCAGGGUGCAAGAACAAGAGCGCAAGGAGGCCGCGGCUGGUAAAGAUGGUGCUCCAGUUGCGUCUGCUGAAGAGAAGAAAAACCAGUAA